CCCAGGACAAGCCACUUGCCAAGUGAAGGAAAGGCCUGGGUUUAUGGUUUCACUCAGAGCUGGAGGUAGAAACUCUGGAGGGGGUCGAGCAGGACGGACCAGACAUCCGUGGACGUCCCUGCAGCAAAAAGAGAUUAGCCAAAGAUCCCAUUUGCCUGUUACUUGUGAGAACAAUCACAACCUAGAAGAGAGGUGUCAACUUUGAGGCUGGGGUGUGGGCGGCGAUACCCACGAGCUUCUUGGUGAAUGGACAUAGAGGCUCUCUGUCUUGGCGCUCCCCCAGCUCGGCCCUCCAGCACAUGCUACUGAGACAGACUUGACUCCUGCUCCCUCUUGGGGCUUCCUCUCCUCCUGUACGAUGGACGAGGCGUCACCAGAUGGGCUGCUCUUCAAAGACCAUGACUUCUCCUCUGACUUGUUGAGGCAGCUCAAUGGCUUCAGGCAAAACAGGGUCCUCACCGAUGUGAGCCUCUGUGCGGGGGCCUGGGAGGUGCCCUGCCACCGAAAUGUGCUGGCCUCCAGCAGCCCCUACUUCAAGGCCAUGUUCUGCAGCAACUUCCGGGAGAGCAGUGAGGCCAAAGUCCAGCUGAAGGGCAUCGACGCUGCCACUCUGGACCAGAUUGUCCUGUAUGUGUAUACUGGGGAGCUGCACAUUGCAGCCGAGAAUGUCCUUCCCCUGAUGGAGGCGGCCUCCAUGUUGCAGUACCCCAAGCUAUUCGAGGCCUGCUCCUCACACCUUCAGGGCCAGCUGACCCCUAGCAACUGCCUGGGCAUGAUCAGACUCUCUGAAAUCUUAAGUUGCAAAACCCUUAAGAAUAAAGCCAGGGCGGUGGCUCUAAAGUAUUUUCCUGAGGUGGCUGCAUCAGCCGACCUGAAGGACCUCUGCCCCUUAGAAUUGAGAGACUACUUGGGAGAUGAUGGGCUCUGCGGGGAGGAGGAAAAGGUGUUUGACGCUCUCAUGGUUUGGAUCAGACAUGACCUCCAGGACCGGAAACAAUACCUGCAGGAACUGUUCGAGCAGGUCAGGCUUCAGUACAUCCACCCGGCCUUCUUCUACCACUUCAUCGCCAAUGACGCCCUCCUUCAAGCCUCGCCCGCAUGCCAGACCCUCCUGGAGACAGCCAAGAGGCAGAUGUUUUCUUGGUAUGGCACCAGUGCCCUGGACCCCAAACCUCUGUGUCACGUCCCUCCAAGAAAUGCUUACCAAGAUUUCCUCAUCCUCUUGGGAGGAAGGAAGGACAACCAGCAGACCACCAGGGAUGUUCUGCUCUAUGACGGACAGACGGGCCAGUGGCAGAGCCUGGCCAAACUCCCAACCCGGCUGUACAAGGCCUCAGCCGUCGCCUUGCACCGCAGUGUCUAUGUGCUCGGGGGCAUGGCUGCCAGCGCGGGGAAGAGUCUGGUCAGUCACGAUGUUUAUAUCUUUUCCCUGAAACUCAACCAGUGGAGGCUGGGGGAGCCCAUGCUGGUGGCCCGCUACUCCCACAGAAGCACUGCCCAUAAGAACUUCAUCUUCUCCAUUGGGGGGAUUGGAGAAAGGCAGGAGGUCCUGGGCUCCAUGGAGAGGUACGACAGCAUCUGCAAUGUCUGGGAGAGCGUGGCCGGCAUGCCAGUGGGGGUUCUCCACCCUGCAGUCGCUGUGAAAGACCAAAGACUCUACCUCUUUGGAGGAGAAGACAUCAUGCAGAACCCCGUGCGCCUCAUCCAGGUUUAUCACAUUUCCAGAAACAUGUGGUUCAAAAUGGAGACUAGAAUGAUCAAGAAUGUGUGUGCCCCGGCAGUGCUGCUUGGGGAGCGAAUUGUCAUCGUGGGAGGCUACACAAGGAGGAUUCUUGCCUAUGACCCUCAGUCCAACAAGUUUGUCAAAUGUGCGGACAUGAGGGACCGGAGGAUGCACCACGGGGCCACGGUGAUCGGGAACAAGCUCUAUGUGACCGGCGGGCGGCGGCUGACCGUGGACUGUAGCAUCGAGGACUCAGACUCCUUCGACUGCUACGACCCAGAGUCAGACACCUGGACCUCCCAGGGACAGCUACCCCACAAACUCUUCGACCAUGCCUGCCUCACCCUCCAGGGCAUACCCCACACUUCCACCUUCCCAUGA